AGAGCAGCAGAGAGGAAGAGAGAGAGCGGCGGAGAAAAAUCACUUUGAAGAAGUGAGACUUGAGCAGAGGAAGAGGAAAACGGUUUAGUGGAAAAAGGAACAAAAUAGAGAAAAUAAAAGCUCACGUAACAGCCUGCCGAUGAUCACCGUCUCCCUUUAAGAGGAUAUUUAACGAGUGAAAGAGAGAAAGAAGUAAAUUCACAAUGAAGUUUUUCAGUCGUCUCUGCUUCCUCGUUUUAGCAGUUUCUUCAGUUUCCAGAGGACAGAGUGUCGCUGCAGUUACUCCAGAUCCCUCUGACCCCUUCACUACUACGCCACCACCGAUUUUACCGAAUGAAACUCAUAACGAAGAGUCCCUCUCCAAGACGCCGCCGCCCUCUCCUCAGAAUCACACAUCAACGAAUGUAACAGAUCUGCCUUCGAAAAAUGUCACAACUGCAGAAGAAGACGGACCACAGAGUCCAGACGGCGGCGUUAAAACAACAGUGGGAGUCAACGGCAACACAAUGGCGCCGACGACAGCCCCGGCCAGCACGCCAGGGAGCGGGAGGGGCGGCGUUAACGCUGACAUAACGACAGUUGCCAUGGUGAUGUACAGCACCUCAGCAAAACCAGGUAGGUUACUGGAACACCCACGAGACUCGAGAAGUUCGUCCUGGGCUUAUGUGAUCCUGGUUUUGAUCAUCCUGGUGAUCAUUGUUCUGUGUGUCAUCCUCUACUUCCUGCGGAGGGUCUCCAGGACGUACUCGUUUGACCUCCAUCGUCAGGUUCCCGCCGGCAAUCUCAACGAACCCAUCGGCACCUUUGAGCCCGUCUACCUGGACGAACUGGAUCAACCUGCUCCUAAAGAUCAAGUUACCACCGAUGACCUUUCACCUCCUCCGGUAUCAAACGGUACAACUCUACAGCUGGAGGAACGGCGCUCCAAUGGAGAAACUGCUCCACAGGAACAGCCCAAUGCAAACGGUCUGGAGUCUUCGCCCACCAGUAACACCAGUCCCUCACUGAACGACAGCCAGCCUGACAAGACAUCGAGCCCGUUGGGCAGCACCAAUCUGUUCUUCGACGCCACUGGGGAGGAGCAGCAGAACGAAAACAACAACAACCCAUCGGUUUGCUCCAGUGACCCGUUUGUCGAAAUAAACCUUGACGAGCCGGCGUGGUGCGAUCAGUUCCUCACCUCCCCUGAAGCUCCUUCUUCUGUCCUCCCCUUCACUCCUUUCUCCUUCUCAUCCUCCUCCUCCUCCUCCUCCUCUUAGCACCUCCAAUGACAACCUGAAGUUAAUCCUGGAUUAAAAAAAAAAAAAAACCACAUAAAAAUCUACAGGAAUUUUUGUCUUUUAUUUCCGGCCUGCUCGCAACUAGCAAGAAAUAUUUGCUGCUAAAGGGUGUGUAAAUCUCAAAAAACAAGCUGUAAACAUAAAAAGCUAGCUUUAGCAUUUAGUUUGUUGUGUUUUUAGCAAUAUAAACCGUUAACUAAGGUGGUUUUUAUACAAAAUACGUUUAUUUUUUAACAAUAACCAUUCUAUCCUCAGCUCAAAUAGCAGUUAGCUUACUCGAGCUAACUGUUUACCAGCUAAGCUGACAAGCUAGCUGGACGACUCAGCAUUUUUAGCAGUAGCUUUAGCCACCAUUUGUUUCAUCACAUUUAAAAAUUAAUCAGUGUUUAAAUCGAGCACUAUUACCAGAGUUUAACAAUUGUUUCUCAAACUACAACAUGUUGCUAGUAAACUAUUAAAAAAUCUUGUAUUUUUACUGUAUUUCUGCAGCACGGCCUUCGAGACAAAAUGUUUGUUAGCCGCACAAGAGAGCAUCAGUUACUGUAAAUAUGUUUUCUAUGUAAAACACACAAUCUAUAGAUUUUCAAAGCAGAAGUUUGAACUGUUAAGUGUGUAUAAUACUGUUUUUUUGUUAUUUGCUUUUUUAUAGAUUUUUGAAGAAAAUAUUACAAAAAAAACAGAUAUAAAAAUACAUUUAUCUGAGGUUGUUUUGCUUUUUUAGGUGGGAUGUGAACCAAACUGACAGACAAAAUGUAACUUAUUGUUUAAAAGUAAAAUUGAUGUUUUGUUUUUUUUUUUAACCUUUUUUGUUCAUAAGUGUUUUUCCAGUGGCUUGUAAUUUUGCUUUUUAUUUCCUCAGCCAUUUUAGCCAGUAACUAAUUUUCAUUUUCACUCAAAAAACAAAUUCCAGUUUGCGGCUGUAAUUGUUGCACACUUUGUAACUGCCACUCAAUUAAAUUUUUUAAAAUCA